UUAAAUACAUUUAGGGUUUUACUUGUCGUCUAUCACAGCUUAACCAGUCGUUCAGAGCUAAACGAGAGGAGUGAGUCGUCUGGAUCAUCGGAGCUACGCUUUGAAACUCCAACCAUGGCGAAAGGUUUAAAGAAACAUUUGAAGAGGCUCAAUGCCCCUGAUCAUUGGGGUCUUGACAAACUUGGUGGUGCUUUUGCCCCCAAGCCGUCUUCUGGACCCCACAAGUCGAGGGAGUGCCUUCCCCUCGUUCUUAUCAUCAGGAACAAGUUGAAGUACGCUCUUACCUACCGUGAAGUGAUCUCAAUCUUGAUGCAAAGGCAUAUCCAGGUUGAUGGGAAAGUCAAGACUGACAAGACCUACCCUGCUGGUUUCAUGGAUGUUGUCUCUAUCCCAAAGACCAACGAGAGCUUCCGUCUUCUCUAUGAUACCAAGGGACGUUUCCGUCUUCACUCUAUCAGGGAUGAGGAAGCCAAGUUUAAGCUUUGCAAGGUUCGAACUAUCCAGCUCGGAACGAAGGGCAUCCCUCUCCUGAACACAUACGAUGGCCGCACAAUCCGUUACCCUGACCCGCUCAUCAAGCCUAAUGACACCAUUAAGCUCGACCUUGAGGAGAACAAGAUUGUCGAGUUCAUCAAGUUCGAUGUCGGCAACGUUGUGAUGGUGACUGGAGGAAGAAACAGAGGGCGUGUGGGUGUGAUUAAGAACCGUGAGAAGCAUAAGGGAAGCUUUGAGACGAUCCACAUCCAAGACGCAACAGGGCAUGAGUUUGCAACGAGGUUGGGGAAUGUGUUCACGCUAGGCAAAGGAACAAAGCCGUGGGUGUCUCUUCCUAAGGGUAAGGGUAUUAAGCUGACCAUCAUUGAGGAAGCUAAGAAGAGGCUUGCUGGUCAACAAGCUGCUUGAUUUUGUGAUUUCUAACUAUUUAUUAUGCAUUUUUAGACGUCUUAUUUUUCUGACUGUUUACAUUUUUUGGUUCACUGCUCUGUUUCGAAACUUUAUGAUAUUUAUCUAUUUAAAGAGUUUAAAAAAUGAAA